UGACAUAGAAACAGGAAGUUCAUUUAUCAAUCAGAAAAUACCUGGAAAACACCGUGUUAGUCAACGCUAAAUACAAAAUUGGAACUCGAUAUAAGAAAUCGUGACGACAGAUUUAAAGACACGCCGACUUCUAGAACGAUCUAAUUUAACUACUCUCAGUAAAACAAUCGACUUCAAAGCGAGUGGUUUAGUUUGAUUCUUUUAUGUGUAUUGGAUUAAUCUUUGAUGUCCAAUUGCACUGAUACUGAAAGUCCCCCAGCCAAGAAAGCUAGAACAGAAGCAAACGGUACUUCUAAUUCCAGAGAGGCAGAAAAUUCGAUGGGAAACAAAGCAGACAAACCACCGCAGCAGACUGCUAUGGCUCAAAAUGGGACAGUUGAUGGGAAAGGUGAAAUUGACGAGAGUCUGUACUCAAGACAGCUAUAUGUACUGGGGCACGAUGCUAUGCGCCGAAUGGCAAACUCCAAAGUCCUCAUAGCCGGAAUGAAGGGUGUGGGCGUGGAGGUGGCAAAAAACGUGGUGCUGGGCGGGGUCAAGUCAGUCACGAUUCAAGAUACAGAGAAGGCUGGCUGGAGUGAUCUCAGCUCACAGUUUUUCCUGCGUGAGGAAGACAUAGGAAAGAAUCGUGCUGAUGUGACGGCCCCCAGGCUGGCAGAACUGAACACCUAUGUACCGGUCAAUCAGAGCACUGAGCCUUUAACUGAAGAAUUCGUCAAGCAAUUUCAGGUGGUUGUGUUGACCAAUUCAAAUUUGGAGGAACAAAUCCAGAUUGGAGAGAUCUGCCACAAGAACAACAUCAAAUUCAUUGUUGUGGACUCCCGUGGCUUAUUUGCUGAGCUGUUUUGUGACUUUGGGGAGAAUUUCAGCGUGAUCGAUGUAGAUGGAGAAGAACCAAUCACAAACAUGGUGGCCUCCGUUACAAAGGACAAGGAUGGUGUGGUGACCUGUUUGGAUGAGGCCCGUCAUGGUUAUGAGGAUGGAGACCACGUAACAUUCUCAGAAGUUCAAGGAAUGACCGAGUUGAAUGGAUGUAAACCACUUAAAAUCAAAGUGCUAGGUCCCUACACCUUCAGUAUUGGAGACACAACAAAUUUUACAAACUACGAAAGAGGAGGAGUAGUGUCACAAGUCAAGAUGCCCAAAAAUGUUCAGUUUAAAUCAAUUAAGGCUGCUAUGGAAGCCCCUGAAUUCCUCAUGACAGAUUUUGCCAAGUUUGACCGCCCAGGCCAGCUACACAUCGGGUUCCAGGCUCUGUAUGAAUUCCAAAAACAGAAAGGACAACUCCCACGCAGUCGAUGCAAAGCUGAUGCUGAUGAAUUCCUGAAUAUUGCUAAAUCAGUGAAUGAAAAGUCAGCUGCUAAGGUGGAGGAGCUGGAUGAAGGGGUGAUGAAAGAAAUGGCUUACACCUGUCGGGGCGACAUCUGUCCACUUGCCGCCGUCAUGGGGGGAGUGGCAGCUCAAGAAGUCAUGAAGGCUUGUUCUGGAAAGUUUCACCCCGUGUACCAAUAUAUGUAUUUUGAUGCCUUGGAAUGUCUGCCAGAGAACAAGGACACAGCACUGACAGAGGAAAACUGUAAACCUACAAACAGCCGAUAUGAUGGACAGGUAGCUGUGUUUGGUUCAGAGUUCCAGAAGAAGAUGGGAGACCUGAAAUACUUCUUGGUAGGGGCUGGAGCUAUUGGCUGCGAGAUGAUAAAGAACUGGGCUAUGAUGGGCCUGGCUUGCGGAGAGAAGGGACAGGUGUAUGUAACAGACAUGGACAUCAUUGAGAAAUCCAACCUUAACAGACAGUUCCUGUUCAGGCCUUGGGAUGUACAGAAACACAAAUCAUCAACAGCAGCCAAUGCUGCCAAAGCGAUGAACCCCAACCUGAAGAUCGUACCCCAGGAGAACCGGGUGGGUCCUGAUACAGAGAACAUCUACACAGACGAUUUCUUUGAGAAUUUGGAUGGUGUUGCUAAUGCCCUGGAUAAUAUUGAUGCUAGGAUGUACAUGGACAGAAGGUGUGUAUAUUACAACAAACCUCUGCUGGAGUCGGGGACUCUAGGGACCAAAGGAAAUGUUCAGGUGGUCAUUCCAAAAGUGACCGAGUCCUACUCCUCCUCACAGGACCCACCAGAGAAAUCCAUCCCCAUCUGUACCUUAAAGAACUUCCCCAACGCCAUCGAGCACACACUACAGUGGGCCAGGGACCAGUUUGAAGGUUUGUUUACACAACCGAUGGAGGGAGCUCUACAAUACGCCACAGAUCCAAAGUUUAUAGAGAGAACGGCCAAACUCCCAGGCACGCAGCCGUUGGAGACCCUGGAUGGAAUAAAGAAGGCCUUGGUAAAUGACCGACCAUCAAGUUUCCAAGAUUGUGUGGCAUUUGCCAGGAAUUUAUUCCAGGAGAACUACAGCAAUAACAUACGUCAGCUUCUCUUCAACUUCCCACCAGAUCAGGUGACUAGCUCUGGAGCUCCAUUUUGGUCUGGUCCUAAAAGAUGUCCACACCCUUUAGAAUUUGAUGUUAAUAAUGACACUCACCUUGCCUAUAUAAUCUCUGGUGCGAACCUUAAGGCAGAAAUGUACGGCAUAAAACAGACGAGGGACACUAAGGCUAUCUGUGAUAUGUUGUCUAAAGUAACUGUUCCCGAGUUUAAACCCAGAUCAGGGAUUAAAAUCGAGGUUUCUGAUGCUGAACUGGAGGGAAGAAAUCAAGGAAGUACAGAUUCUGAUGCCUUUGAGAGGCUGCAGAAAGAACUUCCACCCGUGGAAAAAGUGAAAACUAUGAAAUUAAUUCCUAUUGAGUUUGAAAAAGAUGAUGACACUAAUUUCCAUAUGGACUUCAUCGUAGCUACAUCAAACUUACGAGCCGAGAACUACGACAUUCCACCAGCAGACAGACACAAGAGCAAAUUGAUAGCUGGAAAGAUUAUCCCAGCCAUUGCAACAACAACUGCUCUUGUGACGGGCCUUGUUGCUGUUGAACUUAUCAAGCUUGUCCAAGGUCAUACUAACUUAGAGUCCUUUAAAAAUGGAUUUGUUAACCUGGCCCUUCCAUUCUUCGCUUUCUCAGAACCCAUAGCAGCACCAAAGAACAAGUACUACGACACGUACUUCACAUUGUGGGACAGGUUUGAAGUUCAAGGGGAGAUGACUCUUAAAGAAUUUAUAGAUUAUUUCCAGACGGAACACAAGUUGGAAAUAACCAUGUUAUCACAGGGUGUUUCUAUGCUGUAUUCAUUCUUUAUGCCCCCCGCCAAAAGACAGGAACGCUUAGGACUACCGUUAUCGGAGGUAGUUAAAAGAGUUUCCAAGAAGAAGAUUCCUAGUCAUGUACGAGCUUUAGUGUUAGAGCUAUGCUGUAAUGACACAGAGGGAGAGGACGUGGAGGUCCCUUACGUCAAAUACAACCUACCAUCAUCGUAACCUAGGUGCCACAGUAAUAUUGCCACGGCUGCGAAACCACACAGAGUGUGACCGUUCUCAUAUUGAGAGACUACAGACAGACAGAAGAGUGGUGCACGGCUUGUGAAGUGCAAUGAAUAAUACAAGUAUCACACACAUUCGUACUCUUGUUGUAUACGUACUUUAUGCUUUAUUCUCUGAUUGGACUUGACCAUGUAAUACAUGUAUUUUCUUUACGUUGACACUUUCGUAGUGUGCAUAAUAAUUUAUUGCGAUAGAUAAGUGAAAUAAAUGAUGGUGAAUUCAU